AUGAAGACGACAUGGAAGGACAUCCCCCCGGUGCCCACUCAGCAGGAGUUUCUUGACAUUGUCCUGAGCCGCACCCAGCGCAAACUGCCCACCCAGAUUCGCGCCGGUUUCAAAAUCAGCAGAAUUCGAGGGUUCUACACGAGAAAGGUCAAGUUCACGCAGGAGACGUUUUCGGAAAAGUUUGCCGCUAUUCUCGAUAGCUUCCCCCGACUUCAGGACAUCCACCCGUUCCACAAGGACUUGCUCAACACCCUCUACGAUGCUGAUCACUUCCGCAUUGCUCUCGGCCAGAUGUCGACGGCGAAGCACUUGAUUGAGACCAUCUCUAGGGACUACGUCCGUCUUCUCAAGUAUGGUCAAUCUCUAUUUCAGUGCAAGCAGCUCAAGAAAGCCGCACUCGGUCGCAUGGCCACCCUCAUCAAGCGACUCAAAGAUCCUCUCCUCUACCUCGAUCAGGUUCGCCAGCAUCUCGGCCGUCUGCCAGCCAUCGACCCCAACACCCGCACCCUCCUGAUCUGCGGAUACCCCAAUGUGGGCAAGUCCAGCUUCUUGCGCAGCAUCACCCGCGCAGAUGUCGAUGUCCAGCCCUACGCUUUCACCACCAAGAGUCUAUUCGUCGGCCACUUCGACUACAAGUACCUGCGGUUCCAGGCGAUCGAUACCCCGGGUAUACUGGAUCACCCUCUGGAGGAGAUGAACACGAUCGAGAUGCAGAGCAUCACCGCCAUCGCCCACUUGCGAUCUGCCAUUCUCUACUUCAUGGAUCUUUCCGAGCAAUGCGGUUACACCGUUCAGGCCCAGAUCCAGCUCUUCAAGAGCAUUAAACCGCUCUUCUCAAAUAAGCUGGUCUUCCUCGUAGUCAACAAGAUCGAUGUCGCGAGACCUGAAGAUCUGAACCCCGACCUUCAAGCUGAGCUCCAGACACUAUUAACCUCUGGCGAGGUUGAGAUGCUCCAGCUGUCCUGCAACACCCAGGAGGGCGUCCAGGAGGUCAAGAAUGCCGCCUGCGAGCGCCUCAUUGCCGAUCGUGUCAGCCAAAAGCUCAAGGCAGGCACCGCGAACAACGGCGCUAUUGGCGGCCGCCUUGCAGAUGUCAUGGCUCGCAUUCACGUCGCCCAGCCACUGGGCGGACAGAAGCUCGAGACCUUCAUCCCCGAAGGUCUCGAGGGCCGGGCCAAGUACGACAAAGAAGAUCCAGAUCGUCGUAAGCUCGCAAGAGACGUCGAGGCUGAGAAUGGCGGUGCUGGUGUCUACAACGUGGACAUGCGUGCCGACUACAUUCUCAAAAACCCUGAGUGGAAGUACGACAAGAUUCCGGAGAUCUUCGAUGGCCAGAACGUGUACGACUUUAUUGAUCCCGAUAUCGAGGCAAAGCUACAGGCCCUGGAGGAAGAGGAGGAGAAGCUUGAACAGGAAGGGUACUACGAUUCGGAUGAGGAGAUCGACGAUGAGGAGGAGGCCGAGGUUCUGCAAAAGGCCGAAAUCAUUCGCGAGAAACAGCAACUGAUCCGAAACGAAGCCCGGAUGAAGAAGAGGCUGAAGAACCAGGCCAUCAUUCCUCGCAAGGCCAUGAAGAAGAACUUUUCGGAACUCGAGGAUGCUCUGGAUCAGUUGGGCGUCGACACAACGAAUCUAGCCGAGCGGGCACAACCCCGAUCUCGCAGCCGCGGUCGUUCCCUGACGAGGAGCCGCAUGGGCACCGAGGACCCCGACUCCAUGGACGUGGAUGCCAAGCCCCGAGACCGCCUGCGCUCGAAGAGCAGAGCCCCAACUACCAAUCGGCGGGAAGACGGCGUGACGGACGAAGCGAGCCGCUCGAAGGCCGAGAGGCUAGCGAAGCUGAGCCAGAAGAAGAUGAACCGCAUGGCGAGACAGGGCGAGGCCGAUAGGCACGCCACUGCCUCCAUCACCAAGCAUCUGUUUGCCGGCAAACGUGGCAUGGGCAAGACUCAGCGUCGCUAA